CUGGAAAUUUGCAAUAACUAAUUAUUUUGUUUAAUAAGAAAGUACAACCGAAAUUUCCCAGGAAUAUAUCUAUAAAUACAUGACAGGUAGCUUAUCACUGUUCCAACGCGUACUUUCCGUUAAAUUGUUCCGUUUUUUUCAUUUGAAAUAAAAUUUGUAAAACAUUCAGCUAUUAAUCAAAGGCGAUGUUACUUAAAAUACGACACGCUUUAUUGGAAAUAACCAACCAGCCCAAUGCCAACGCCAAACAAUCAGCUGUAAUUAUAAACAAUGAAACUAUUAUAACAUCUGCUGGUAUCUUACAAUCUUAUGUGCGGCCCAUGUUGCCGAUCGUGGCUGAUGAAAAUGUAUGCGCCAGCACUAGAAUUAUACGUACAUUGCAGCAAUGUAAAUUGAUUGAUGUUCAAAGCGUUGAUAAUGAUGAGUCGCGAUUCUUACUCUUUCUUAACUUUCAAAUAAUGUUUGAUCAUCGUAAAUUACCUCAGGCAUCCAUGCAGUGUGUCCAUACAGGACGUGUUGAUAACAUUUUAAAGCGUUAUCGUGCUAAAUUAUUAUAUAUCUUCAGUUCAGAAGAAAUAUCACGUAAUUUUCAUAAACUUUCAAAUGGCAACAGUUUAUCAGAAGAUACUGGGCAUAAAGAAGUUCUUCUUACUAGCUUCCUGAUAUUGUCUACGCAACCUGAAAAAUUAAAUUCGCGGGAAAGUUUUCAACGUUCCCUAGAACAUAUCGUUCAUUAUUUACGCUACCAAUAUUCCGUACGGGCUUUAGAUGAUGUGUUAAUUAUGUAUACACCGUUUGGUAUGGAAAAUUUCUAUAAAACCGUAAGCAUAGGCAAAGUAUCAAAUGUUUUAAGACACAGCAACAGCAGUUUAUUUGUAUUGUCAAAUAUUUUACCAAGAUUCAGCGAGGGUUCAGCGGUAUUCAAUAAUAAAUUACGUUUGAUUGGAUUAAUUGUUUGCACUUCAUUUCAAUAUAAUCAAAAAAGCAUUGAUAUGACUUUAGUUGCAAAUUUUGCUUAUCUCUUGCGUGACUUUAUGCAGCAAUUAGGGAUCAAAAUUACUUCUUUUACUCUGCCGAGGGAGCCUUCUUCUCAUUUUGCUUGGGAACGUUUUUUGGUGAUUGUAGAGGCAGCCGGUAAACAAGGCAGUGGAACAUUUGUUAAAGUCCAGAACAAAAAAUUCAUUCUAACCUGCUCUCAUGUUGUAUUCCAGGUUAGUUCCAAAGUUCUAUGUCGCAACAUGCACGGUGCAUUUGAAUCGGAAGUUUUAUGGCGGAAUCCACAUUAUGGUGCAGCCUUCGAUGUGGCAUUACUUUCGAUACCUCAAAAUAUUCCUGACCGCCAUUGCGUUCGUCUAGCGCAAACCAAACCGUACUUGGGACAACGUAUUUACAAUGCCGGCUUUCCUUAUUUUGUAAACUUCAAUUUAAAAUACGAUUUUAAUCCAUCAAUAUUUCAAGGCCGGGUAAUACGUUUUACACCGGCACUGAUAAUGUCGGACGGCUGCGUUCAAGCAGGUCAAAGUGGUGGUGCCAUGUUUAACGAGCGUGGUAAUCUGAUGGGUAUAUGCGUUUCCAAUAUUAAAGUGGAUGAAACCGUGUAUCCGAACUUUAAUAGUGCUGUUCCUGUAAUAAGUAUUCGCUCCAUUUUAGAAGAUUACGCUCAAACUAACGAUAUUCGUAAAUUGAACAUUUUGGUGGCUAAUCAAGAUGUACAGAAAUUAUGGUCUCUGGCUAAUUCAAGUAUAAGCAAACUAUAGUCGAUUGUUAAAUAAUAAUUUCAUAAUUUUUUGUACAGUGUAGAAUAAAUUUAAAGAAU